AUGGCGAAUAAUGGAAAUCAGAACAAUCUGGCUCUCGAUGGAGAGGGAGUCAAUCAACCACUACGCAUUGGGAGGCCCAUCUCAAAUUACGUUGCUCCAGAUGCAGCAGGACAUAGAAGUAUCAAUGUGCCAGGGGUUGAUGCUGAUAAUUUUGAAAUAAAACCGGCUAUAAUUCAGAUGGCUGCUUUGGAUCCUUUUGGUGGGUCACCAACAGAAGACCCUAAUGCUCACAUUGCAAAAUUUCUGAGGAUUUGCAGCACUUUCAAAAUUAAUGGAGUCCCGGGAGAUGCUAUCAAGCUUCGCCUCUUUCCAUUCACUACUCAGAAAAUGAGGAGAUCUAUUCAGAAUUUCAGACAGUUAACUGGUGAGUCUUUGGCAGAGUCAUGGGAGAGAUUCAAAGAGAUGAGGAUACAAUGUCCUCAUCACGGUAUUCAGAAUUGGGAUUUAAUGAUGGCUUUCUAUGAGGGAUUACUGGACAAUUCAAAAAUCCUAGUCGAUGCUUCAUCGGGAGGAUCAUUUACAAUCCUAGAGCCAGAUCAAGCUGAAGAAUUGUUGGAAAAGGUUGCGAUGAAUGGGACGACUUGGUAUUCAGAGAGAUCUCCCCAGAAGUUGAUAGGAGGCGUGACUGAAGUUGAUCAGAUAUCCGCUCUAUCGGCUAAGUUUGAUAAUGUAGCCACUUUAGUUCAACAGUUGGCCCAGAUUACUAUCAAGAAUCAAGCUUCAGGUAAUGUUUCUAAAGCUUCUACUCCUCCAAGACCUGUAAUGAUGUGUGAGUUGUGUGGAGGAGAGCACAAUUCAGAGGAGUGUCUCAGUGUUGAUUCUCAAGCUACAAUGAAACAAGUUGAUGUGGUAGGGUAUGGUAGUAUACAACCGGCAUUCCAACAACGAGGAACCUACAAUCCAAAUGCAUCGAGGAAUCAUCCUGGUUUCUCUUGGGGUAAUCCAGCUGGGGCGGCUAAUCCCCAGUACUUAAAUAGUAGAAGUCAACCACCAGGAUUUCAGGGGCAGCAAAAUUUUAGAGGAAAUCAUCCACCACAAUUCAGGCAGAACCAAGGAUAUCAAGUUCCAGUAAAUCAAUCCAAGCCUAAUGUGGAAACACCGGUCCCGUGGAAUAUGGAAUUAUUGUUGGAAAAAUUGGUUAAAGGUCAGUUAGAGAUUACAGAAAGGUUGGAUCGGAUGGAUACUCGCCAAAAUAUGGUUGAAAAUCAGUUAGCAAAUCAACCAUCUAUAUCAAGUACUAAAGUCACAGGUAAGUUGCCAGCUAUGCCCGAAAAACCAAGUGAACACAUGAACGCCGUCACCACUAGGAGUGGGAAGCAAUUAUUGGACCCACCGUAUCCUAAUGGGGAACAAAUUGUCAAGAAGAAUCUAGAAGGUGAAAAUGAGAAAGUGAAUGAGGGUGUUAUUGCUCAAGAUAAGGAAGAUGAGAUACAAGAAAUUGAACCCGUAAAGAAGCAUACACCACCUCUACCCUUCCCACAAAAAUUCCAGAAAUCUAGGGAAGAGGAAAGAAGAGCAAACUUCUACAGUUUGAUCAAGCAACUGGAUAUCACCAUUCCUUUUAUUGAUGCAGUGACCGAGAUUCCCUCGUAUGCUAAGUUUUUGAAAGAGAUUUUAUCCAACAAGAGGAGAGCUGAGAAUCGUGAGACAGUAGCAGUAAGUGAAGAAUGUAGUGCUUUAAUUCAAAACAAGCUUCCUCCAAAACUUUGGGAUCCUGGGAGUUUCUCUAUCCCUUGUGUUAUUGGAGGAUCACUUGUUCAAAAGGCUUUAUGCGAUUUAGGGGCAAGUGUGAGUUUGAUGCCUUAUUCUUUGUGUCAAAAGCUGCAACUUGGAGGGCCAAAACCUACAUCCAUAACUCUUCAGUUGGCAGACAGAUCAGUGAAAUAUCCUAUCGGAAUUCUGGAGGAUGUGCCAGUGAAGAUUGACAAAUUUUACAUUCCGGGAGACUUCGUGGUUUUAGAGAUGGAAGAAGAUGCUAAAAUUCCUAUUAUCCUUGGAGACCAUUCUUGGCAACCGCUGGAGCUAUAA